AUGGUUGAAAGCGGCGCUGACCGGCUCUGCCUGCUGCCCACUCCCCCCACCGACGUUCAAGAGGCUCCCACGAAACCGCUCAAGGACUUGGACUUUCACAACAGAGGAUCAGGACGAAGCAGGAGAACGGGGUACAUGAAUCCAGGGACUCGCCAGGGCAAAGGCCAGAGGAACACUUUCUUCUUAAGCGGCUUGAGUUUUGACAGAUGCAUGUUCCCUUGCUACCACUACCACGAAACGCUUCAACCAACCUUGGUUAGCUCGCGGGUCCACUUGCAGUACCAGGUCCAGGGCCACGGGCAGGGCGAGUUUAGCCAGGUGCACCUGGCCCGCCAUCGCCUGACAGGGGCAGAGGUGGCGGUGAAGGUCCUGAGGCUGGCGGUGCAGAACAUCCCGGUGCUGUCGGAGCCUUACGUGCUGAAGAGGCUGGAGCACCCCAGCGUGGUGCGGCUCUUUCAGGUGAUGGCGACCCGGGAGAAGCUGUACGUGGUGAUGGAGCUGGCGGCGGGGGAGCAGCUGCUUCGGCGCAUCCCGCGUGGGGGCAUGCUGCACGAGGAGGCCCGCAGAGUCCUCAGGCAGGUGGCGUGUGCCGUGGCCUACUGCCUCAAGCAGGGCAUGGCGCACCGAGAGCUCAAGCCCGAGAACAUCAUGGUGGACGCCGCGGGCCACAUCAAGCUCAUCGACUUCGGCCUCAGUGCCAGGUUCAGGCCUGGGCAGAAGCUCCACAAUUUCUGGGGAACUCUGGCGUACCUGGCCCCAGAGAUCGUCCUGCGGCAAGAGUACGAGGGCCCCCCGGCCGACGUGUGGAGCCUGGGUGUCCGCCUCUACUUUAUGUUGACAGGGAGCCGCCCGUUCAGGGCCCCCACCGCUCAGGACGUGCUGAUGGAGAUCGUGCAGGCGAGGUUCCACGUGCCCAGCUCGGUUCCCGCCCACGCACGGAGGCUCAUCCGCCAGAUCCUGACCGUGAAGCCCAAGAAGCGGCCCACAGUCCAGCAGAUCCUGCAGCACCCGUGGCUGCGGCAGGGCGAGCCGUGUGCGCCCCAUCCUCCCAGCCAGGCGCUCCCCCAGCGCCCAGACAACGCCCUCCUGACUGUCCUGUUCGACCUGGCCUUCGACCCCUACCACACCUGGCUGUCUCUGGCCAAGAGGAAGUUCGAUGCGGCCAUGGCGACCUACCUGCUCCUGAAGCAUCAGCAAGGUCAGGGGAGGAGCGCCAGCGAGCCUGCCCUGCGCACCUUCCCCGGGCCCCCUGAGGGUCCGCUGCCCCAGGAGGCCCAGGAGCCAGGCCUCCAGGGCGUCAGAACUGCCAGCCUGCCCGCCGUUCCUCUGCGCUGCCGGCCCGCCGGGGCCCCCACCCUAGGCAGCUGCUUGCAGUUGGACUCUGACCUCCACCUGGCCGACCCCUCCGCGAUCUUGUACGCGUGGUCCAGGACAGACAGCAGCAGUGCCUCCUCCCAGGACACUGCCACACCGCAAGGCCACGGCCACACAAGCGCCUGGAAGCGGGUGAGGAGGACGAUCGGCGCCUGCCUCCGAGGACUGUGCUGCUGCCUGCCGCGGGCCAGCUCCAGAGUGGCCCCGACGCCACAGAGGAGAAGCGGGCCACACCGUGAAAGGCGAGCCUCCCAGGAGCUAGAGAGCUGA